AUGCAUUUCCUUUUUCCAUUUCUUAUAGGAUCGAAAAUUGAUGAUUCAUAUCGAUCUCAUAAGCUCUUAAGUGGAGAAGAGCAGCCCGAAUUCCUUCGGCCAGAUUAUUCACUUGUUAUCUCAAUGAACAAUCAAUUAUUUACAUUUAAGUCUGCAAUUGUCGAAUCUAGCAAGAGAGAAUACGUAUACUACAAAUGUGAUGUUACAAUUACAUCCGAAAGUAAAUUUCUAAAUAAUUAUGGUUUUGGAAAAUCUACUUCAUCUGGCUUCGGCGGAGCACUUUACAUGUAUGAAUCUGUUUUCCAAAUUGUUUCCCCUGAUCCAAGUAAAAAUUCUAUUUUUUCAGGAAAUUCAGCAGCUUAUGGUGGUGCUUUGUGCUUAGUUUCUACAGCAUCAUACUUAUCAAACGCAGUAUUCACAUCUAACCAAGCAUACAAGCACGCAGGCGCAGUCUACUUCGAAAACAAGUUAAUCAGCAACGGACGCCUUUCUAACGUUGUUUAG